AGUGGAGCAAAGCACACACAGACAGACAGGUGCAGCCCGGGGAUGGGUCAGGACCAGGAGGAGUUUGCACUCUUAUAGACGUUGGAAUAUGCUCUUCGUGUGAUUUAGUCUGCUUUGAGUCGUCGGAUGCAUUCUUCCUCGAAUGCAAAUAUAGUCAUGUUUAUCAGAACAACGUGCCUGCUCCACUUUGUGGUGUCCCUGUCCAAACUGGUUCGCUGCAUGGAAAGUGAACUUUGCUUCCCGGUCAGACUGAACAUCCAGCAGCAGCAGCAGCAGCAGCAGCAGCAGCGUGAUGGUGGGUGGGAGCCUGACAACUACGUGGAUGCUCUCAAUGGGAAAUGUGUGCUAAGAAUUGAAGCUUUCCACCUGGAGUUAGUGCUGGAUUUACAGCAAGACUCCAACUUUAUUGGUCCUAAUUAUGUGGCCGGCCAAGACGCGCCGUGGCUAUCCGGUACCGGUGUGACCACAGACCUCAGCCGGUGUUUUUACUCCGGUCACGUGAAGGGUGACCGCAACUCUUACGCAGCUGUGAGCUUGUGCAAAGGUGUGCAAGGUGCAUUCGCCUACCAAGGCUGGGAGUAUUUCAUCAGCCCUGUGCGUAACGACACCACCAGUGCGAGCAGCGCGCACGUCGUCCGGCGCAGAAACAGCAGCCACUCGAAGCCCAAUUCCACGACAAAGUGCGCGGUGGACAAUGACAUCAGCCUCCAUUUCGCGCGGCUAUUAGGGAAAUACAAGAGCGUCAAAGACGAGCGCAAUGUGACCGAAACCAUGCUGAGAAGGAUGGGGAGAAGCAAGCGCUUCGCGUCGGUGCCGAGGUACGUGGAGACCUUGGUGGUGGCGGACCAGACCAUGGUCGAGUUCCACGGCGACAACCUGAAACAUUACAUCUUGACGCUCAUGUCGGUGGCGGCGCGCCUGUACAAGCACCCGAGCAUCCUCAACUCCAUCAACAUCGUCGUCGUGAAGAUUGUGAUAAUAUUCGAGGUGUACAAGGGACCCAAAGUGUCCGCGAACGCAGCCAUGUCGCUCCGGAACUUUUGUACUUGGCAGAAAAAGAUGAACAAGCACAACGAUAAGCACGCAGAGUACUGGGACACGGCCAUACUUUUCACUAGACAGGACCUUUGCGGUGCCUCCACAUGUGACACCCUUGGUAUGGCGGAUGUCGGCACCAUGUGCGAUCCCAAGAGGAGUUGCUCCGUGAUCGAAGACGACGGCCUCCCUUCGGCCUUCACCACAGCUCACGAGCUCGGACACGUCUUCAACAUGCCGCACGACAACGUGAAGGCCUGCGAGGACGUGUUUGGGAAACUGCAGGAUAAUCACAUGAUGUCUCCUACGCUCAUUCAGAUCAAUCGCACCAGCCCGUGGUCGCCCUGCAGUGCUGCCAUCAUUACUGAGUUUUUGGACAGUGGACAUGGAGAGUGUUUGCUGGAUCAGCCACAGAAACCAUUGGGCCUCCCAAACGCCCUCCCUGGAGCAUCUUACCAGCUGGAGCGGCAGUGUCAGCUGGCCUUUGGUGAAGAUUCCAGACCCUGUCCUUUCAUGCAGCCGCCAUGCAUCCGUCUGUGGUGCACAGGGAAGUCCAAUGGCCAGUUGGUGUGUAUGACUCGACACUUCCCCUGGGCGGACGGCACUCACUGCGGGGAUGGAAAAGUCUGCGACCGAGGGAUCUGCUCCGACAAAGAGGACUAUAGUGUGAAGGUGGACGGUCGCUGGGGUAAAUGGGGUUCUUUUGGUUCGUGUUCUCGCACAUGCGGAGGUGGAGUCCAACUGGCCAAAAGGGAGUGCAACAACCCGGUUCCAUCAAACGGGGGCAAAUACUGCCAAGGGGUUCGAAUCAAAUACCGCUCCUGCAACCUGAACCGCUGCCCUGACAUAGGUAAGACGUAUCGGGAUGAGCAGUGUGAAAUGAGCGGCCGCAGCUUCAGCAGUAACCACAUCGCCCCCUCUGUGGUGUGGGUACCAAAGUACUCCGGAGUGAGUACCGAUGACAGAUGCAAACUCAUCUGCAGGGCUAACGGAACCGGCUACUUCUACGUUCUUGCACCUAAGGUUGUGGAUGGAACCCCUUGCUCUCCAGAAUCCCUGGGAGUGUGCGUUCAAGGAAAAUGCAUCAAGGCUGGUUGCGAUGGAAAAAUUGGCUCAAACAAGAAGUUUAACAAGUGUGGAAUCUGCGGCGGUGAUAACAAAAACUGCAAGAAGGUGUCGGGGCUCUUCACAAAGCCCUUACACGGCUACAACUUUGUGGUCAUAUUGCCAGUGGGCGCGGCCAACAUAGACAUCCGUCAGCGAGGAUACCAAGGAAUGCUGGGUGACGACAACUACUUGGCGGUGAAGAACAGCGAGAGUCAGUAUCUGCUCAAUGGCAACUACGUGGUGUCGGCAGGCGAAAGGGACAUCAUUGUUAAGGGCAGUCUGCUGCGCUACAGCGGCACCACUGGCAUCUCUGAGAACCUCCAGGCUGUAAAUCCCUUGGGCGAGGCCCUCACUGUAGAGGUGCUGUGUGCAGGGAACUUGACGCCGCCUCGCAUACGCUACUCUUUCUACCUGGCCCGUCAGAACAAAGACGACAAGACUCUGAAGAAGGACGCUGGUGGGAAAUCCCACAACAGCGUUCUGGCUGAUGACAGUGACAAGGAGAAGGGUGUGGACACCUUGAAGAAACCUUACAGCAAAGAGGAGCCUCCUCUUGAGAAAUGGACAUCCACAACCUGGGAUGAAUGCUCAGUGAGCUGCGGCGAGGGUUUUCAGAGGCGAAUGGUGCAGUGUUUAAGAUCGGACGGCUCGCCGGGAUUGAAAUGCGAUCCGUCCCAAAGACCGUCAGCCAUCAGAGCUUGUGGAGACCCAUGUCCAGAGUGGCAUAUUGGCCAGUGGGCGCCUUGCUCCAGAACCUGCGGGAAAGGCUUUAAGAGACGACCGCUGAGCUGCAGAGCCCAAACAGGACACGCACUUCCUAGGGACCACUGCACUGGCUUACGUAAACCACAGGAGCUGGACUUCUGUAAACUAAGGUCUUGCUAGGAACUCCCAAAAAACCCUAUAUUAGGACUGAAUAGACAUUUCCCACAUACAUCCCGACACACCUAGCAAGGGAAGGAGGGUGAGCGGUGUAGAAUGAAUGCUGUCAUAUAUUUUCCCCAACAUUUAGACUAUGUUAUCUGAAUCCACUCCCGACAGAAGACCAACACUGAACAAAGUCAAUAUAGAGCUGACAUAUGUUAGCAAGCUAUUUAUCUUGCUUAUCAGUCUGGAAACCAUUUAAUGUCAUAAUGUUUUUAAACGUUGGGAUUUUGUGCGGCCUUUGUCUAGCGUGACCGAUGCAAAAACAUUAAUUUUUUUGACCAAUUUGUCAAACACAAUGUGACUAAGCCCUUGUUCACACUGUAGGUCAAUUAAUUUUUUUUUUGCCACUGUCCGUGUGAACAAGGUAAUUCAAAAUUUUCCAUAUCCGACCAAGGCCUCUUUCGUAUGUGGAUAAAAAUCGGAUAUAUAUGCGAUGCAUCCUUAAUGUGAAAUGCUCCCGUGCUCGGGUCACACUCAUUUGACCAGAAUGUCUUCAAAAAGCAAUAACCAUCGUAAUUCUUUGCCAAAAUAGAUGGUUACAAAAUAAACAGUGGUGGAAAUAGGUGAAAAUAAUAUGUUUUAGGAACUGACGUGAAAGUUCCACCACUCCUGUCUCCGACUGCUCGCCCACACGCUCUUCAAGCAGUCAUCGAAGCAAAUUAUCUGUGAGAGCCCAAGUACUUGUCUCGUCAUUCUUAAUCUUCUACGUACAACAAUUUGUUUCAGAAACUAUUGACAUUGAUUGCACAAAAUCAAUGAAAUUGCCACAAAUGCGCCAGUGCUGAGACCGACAAGAGUUGGAGACAUUUUUACUUCAGUAAACACUGCAGUAUGUGCCACGUCAUGACUUCAUGUUUGUCUUGACAUUAAAAAUCAUAUUUUUUUGUAAUGCAAACGGCCACUAAAAAUAUCGGAUUUGACAAAAAAAUUAAUUGGAAUUGGACAUCCAACCCUGCAGUGAGAACGCAGCCUAAUUCCACCUUUUUCUGGCAUGUCAUUCAAUCCUGGAAUAGAUUUGUAACAAAACAUAUCAUGGUUUUCUUUUUAUGAGUUAGGUAUUGUGUCAUAUUGGCUCACUUCAGGCCCUAUUCUCCCAUUUGGUUAAGUGAAAAAAGUUGUGCAACUGUGCAGAUUGUGCCUGCCUGACAUUCUCCCCCUCGACUUAAGGGGAAUUGCCCUUUUUUGGGGGAAUUUUGCCAAUCAUUCACAAUACAUAUGCACAUAUGAUUUGAUUUUUUAUCCAUUGUAACUCGGAAAUAAACGUAAAUGAAAGUCAGCUAACAAUGGAGCCUACGAGAGUCGCUAUCUUACACCUACAAAGUGCUCUAAAAAAACUUAAAUAUGUUAUAUAUUUAAUGUAGUAACAGGCACAUUCAUAUUAACAUGUAAUAUUUAUGUAUUUUUGAUCAUUUUAAGCAUACGGCGGGGAAUUACAGCAUUUGCUUUUUCACUUAAUAACAACAUCCAUCCAUCCAUCCAUUUUCUACUGCUUGUUCCUUUUGGGGUCGCGGGGGUGCUGGAGCCUAUCUCAGCUGCAUUCGGGCGGAAGGCGGGGUACACCCUGGACAAGUCACCACCUCAUCGCAGGGCCAACACAGACAGACAACAUUCACACUAGGGCCAAUUUUUUGUGUUGCCAAUCAACCUAUCCCCAGGUGCAUGUCUUUGGAGGUGGGAGGAAGUUGGAGUACCAGGAGGGAACCCACACAGUCACAGGGAGAACAUGCAAACUCCACACAACUACUACUAAUUAUACCUCACAAGAGCCAACAAACAUAAUAUAACAAUCUUUUAAUUUACAAUGUCUGCCCUCACAUGGAUGCCGACUGUUGGGAUGUUCGAAUCUUGCCGUUUAGAUGAAGAAUUAAUCAUAAUCCUUGCGAAGUGUUGAGAAAAAAAAGCCAGUACCGCAAAUUAGCGUCUUUUUGUGUCUUUCUCAUCCCCGGGUAUAAGUGGAUAUACCUUCUCGGUUUAUGACCACAACCUCUUUCAAUCCAGGUGAGAGGUAUGAUUUGGUUAAUAUUCAGGUCACGAGAUGUAAAUGGGGUAUUGUUGGUGCCUUUUGGAUGCAUUUGUAGAGCGAUUUAGAGGCAAAAUGGAUGAAUCCCAUUAGCACCAUUGCUUGCCACCCAGAACGAGCCGAUUAUUAAAAAAUUUGCAUGCAAAAAAAACACAUAUGUUCUUGUCUCUCAUAAGGAUUGAGAAUUUUAGACAAAAUUCCCUAAAAAGUGCAGUUCCCCUUUAAGUCUGUCACAGCACGACUUCCUCCAUGAUGCACACUUUGGGUGGAGCAACGCUUAAGUGUUGGCAAUCCCACAAUUUGUACUAAACAGAACUCUUAACAUUACAAAUACUCUUAGAUUGCUUAUAAUAAAAUAUCACAAAUACCAUCAGAUUGGUUAUAAUAAAAGGUGAAAAAAAGUUUAAUCUACGGAUUAUUAUUCACAUCCAGCCAGGAAGAAGACUCUCUUGUAGCUUGCAUACACACACACUACUUUAAAUAAACUCUUAAAUGCCCUUACUGCAUAAACUACACCUUUUAUCCCCAUAAUAAGAAAGCUACAUACUAUAUGCAUCUUUUAUUUUCAUCUACAUUUUUGCUUGAUCGGAAUUCCAAAAGCAUUGUGUACGUGGACACUAGAUAAAUUGAUCUGAUCAUGUUGCGCGUAUACAUGCUCCGAGCGUUUAAUCAGAAUAAACAUCUGGGUUGUCGGAAAUAGUAGAAGACUACUUUCGCCAAUGUUGCAAACAAAAGUCCUGUUCUUUGGGCCUCACAAGUAAAAUGUCUCCUCUCUGGCAUGUCUGUUUAAGUAAUUUUUCAAAUUCAUUAUUUUCAUGAAUUCGCUUUUACAACUACGUGUUUCCAACCUUUCAACCACAAGGCGUUCAACAAUCCUGAGUUCCUUUGAACAUUUCCAGCAUGAAGAAACAAACAUUGACAUUGAUGCUGUUUUGGCAAAAACCACACUCUUGUUUCGAAUUAAAUUUCCUUCCGAAUUGUCCAUAUCGGACUAAAUAUUCUGAUGUUUUCUAAAUCUGAUAUGACCUUUAUUCUGAUUUUUUGUGUCCUUGUAAAUACAGCUAUUUUCUGCCCACCCGACUAUUCGACAUUAGUCACCACAAAAAAGACUAAGCUGCUCUUUCUGCACACUCGAUGAAAUCCUGUAAAUCAUGAUAUUAUUCUUAUGCUGUUCCUUUACGGGCCCACGUUGUCCAGUACAACAUCCCGCCACAUGAUGGAUCCUUUUAUAGUCAGAUUUUUAUUUCUAUUUUGUAAUUUCAUCAGCUUUUGCACUUUGUACAGCAAAAGAAAGUGUUGACUUAUAAGGGCUGUACUGUAUACUAUGUAUACAUUUAUUCAGCUCUGUGCAAAAAAAAUCAUGUAAAUAUGUUUUUAAUCUUUUUUUAAAACACAACUGAAUUGUUUUUGAAUAUAUUUAUUCCAAAUAAA